AUGGCUGACGCAACAUCCACCACUGCUGCUGCUGCCCCUCCCAGUAUGCGACCCCUCACUUAUAUGAUGAUGGAACCAGUAGCCGACGAGCAAAACGUCGAGAAGCCUGCCGAGACCCAGACCGAAGAGGUGGUGGAGGAGGAGGAGGAGGAGGAGCAGCUUGAAGACGCUCCCUUCAUUGUCAAGAUCGUUCUUCCCCACGACGAUAAGACCUUUGAACUCCCGGUAUCGCAGGUGUCACCAUUGGAACAAAUCCACGAAAUCAGACAAUCGAUCAUUGAACACCCGAUUGCUGUACAAUACUCGUGUUUCCACCUCGAGCACAAUGGGCAGCGCAUCAACGACUUCAUCAACGUUUCCGAUGUUGAGGGCCUCGCCAACAAUUCAGAGUUGCAUGUGGUGGAGGACCCAUACAGCGAAAAGGAGGCCAGAAUUCACUUCAUCAGGGUCAGGGAGUUGAUUGGCGCCGCCGGGGACCGUACCGACACGGUACAGGGCAUCCUGUCGGGUGCUUCGGUCUUUGACGAUGUGGUAGCCGAGGCUGACAAGCAGGCCGGGGCCGAGGUCGCUGUCCAGGAGUACAACUUCGAGGCGGGCGUGAGCCCCUCCAUUUUGCUUCCCAAGGAGCACGAGGCUGCGCCGAAGACUGUCAAGCUGAUCACCUUGUCCUCAUGGAACCCUCCUCCUGCGCCUCUCAGGCAAAAGGGCCACUUGCUCUACCUGACCAUCACAACAAACGAGGGCGAGCAGUUCCAGGUUACCUCCCACGCCGGUGGUUUCUAUGUCAACAACUCUUCCAACAGCAAGUUCGACCCAUCACCGAAGCAGGACAAGAAGGCUGGUGUUAUUUCGGCCCACUCCUUGUACACUCUUCUCGAGAAGCUCUCACCAUCGUUUGCUGAAAGCUACGAGGCCUUCCAGAAGUUUGCUAAUCGCAAGGAUCCCCUCGCCACUUUCCAGAUCGGCAACACUGUGCCAUCCGCCCCAUGGCUCGUGCCAUCCACCUCCUCACCUUUGGUUGCUCACAUUGCCGACCCUACGAGAUCACAGGAGACCUUCCUCCUCGGUGGUGCCGAGAAUACCGACUCGCUCCGUGACUGGAACGAGGAGUUUCAAUCUGCCAGAGAAUUGCCCAAGGAUACCAUCCAGGACCGUGUCUUCAGAGAGCGACUUAUCGCAAAACUCCACGCUGAUUACAACGACGCUGCUGCUCGCGGCGCCGUUCUCGUUGCUCGUGGCGAGGUUGCUCCUCUCAACCCUACCGAGGGCCGGGAUGCGCAGAUUUUUGUCUACAACAACGUCUUCUUCUCGUUCGGAGCUGACGGCGUCGGCACCUUCACCAGCGAGGGCGGCGACGAGGCUGCCAAGGUUGCUACUGGCAAGGACGUUUUCGGUGUGAAGCUCGUGAAUCAGCUCGACAUUGACGGUCUUUACACUCCUGGCACCGUUGUCGUUGACUACCUUGGCAAGCGGAUUGUCGGUCAGAGCAUAGUACCUGGCAUCUUUAAGCAGCCCGAGCCUGGUGAGAACCAGAUUCACUACGGUGCUGUUGAUGGCAAGGAUGUCGUUGCUGCCGAUGAGGCCUUUGCCCCCGGCUUUGCGACGCUUGCUAGCUAUCUGCGGGUCAAGAAGCACGCCGUUUGGGACAAAGAGAACAAGCGCCAUGAUCUCGAAGCCAGUGUUGAGAUGAAGGGCCUUCUUGGAACCGACGGUCGCAAGUACGUCCUUGACUUGUACCGCAUCACCCCCUUGGAUAUCCAAUGGAUGGAGGAGGCCAGCCCCGAGGGUGCUGAGUACCCCCACCGCAUGACUGUCCUCCGUCCUGAGCUCGUUGAGUCCUUGAGCAAGCAGAAGGCCCGCGAGUAUCUCAGUGCUGAGGUCAGCAAGCGUGACUCUAAGAAGACCAAGGAGGUUAAGGAGGAGACCAAGGAGGAAGCCAAGGAGGAGGCCAAGGAGGAGGCCAAGGAGGAGGCCAAGGAGGAGACCAAGGAGGAGAUCAAGGAGGAGGAGGAGAAGAAGGAGAGAGAAGCCAAGGAGGAGGGUGCCGAGGAGGCCGAGGAGAAGAAGGAGGAGGAGAAGACUGAUAGGAUAGACAUGUCUGGCUUCAAGUUUGCCCUGAACCCCGAUGUCUUCAGCGGCCAGGUCCCCCAGACCGACGAGGAGAAGGAGGAGAUGGCCAAGGACGAGCAAGACGUCCGUGAUGCUUGCAAGUAUCUCACCGAAACCGUCAUCCCCACUCUCUUGCGCGACCUCAAGGAGUCAGAUAUCAGCUUCCCCAUGGAUGGUCGCUCUUUGAGCGCUCUCCUCCACCGCCGCGGUAUCAACAUGCGCUACCUUGGCAAAUUGGCCCAGAAGAGCGCUCCGGAGACGACCGACAAGGAGGAGAAGGUUGAUGGCGAUCGUCUCAAGUGCUUCCGCGAGGUCUGUGUGCGCGAGAUGAUCGCCAGAGCGUUCAAGCACAUCGCUGCCAAGUACCUCAAGAGCCUGCCCUUGUCGCUGACCUCGGCCUGCUUCGCCCACCUUUACAACUGCCUUCUCGGCUUUGGUCUCAACCCCAAGCCCGAGGCUGAGAUCGACGAGGCCUACCGCGCCCUUUUCAGCGAUGCUGAUCUUGCCUUUGAGAAGGUUACUCCUGAGAGUCUCAGGGAGGAGGUCCAGCACGAAGUGGCUCGCCGCUUCAGAUACACCCUGGCCGAGAACUGGUACACCGAGGCCAGGCCCGUGCAGCUGCUCCGUGAGACUGCCCUGAAGCUCGGUCUUCAGCUUCAGGCCUCCAAGUUCCACUUCACCCAGGCUGAGGCUGAUGCCGCCGCCGCUGCUGCUGCGCCGGCGCCUGCGCCAGUCCAGACUAACGGCCAAGCUGCCACUGAGUCUACCGGCAGCAAGAAGAAGAAGGGCAAGAAGGCUCGUGAUGCUUCCCCAUCCAGCAUUGUCUCGACCACGGUCCCGCACACCUUCAGCUCGGAUGACUUCGUCAACGUGGUGCCCCUCAUCAAGGACUCUUGCCCCAGGAGCGCCUUGGCCGAAGAGGCUCUCGAGGCUGGCCGUCUCUCUAUUUACCAAGGUCAAAAGAAGAUCGGCGAGGACCUCCUUCUUGAGUCCCUCUCUCUCCACGAGCAAAUCUAUGGCCUCGUCCAUCCCGAGGUUGCUCAGAUGUACCACACCCUUUCUCAGAUGUAUUUCAACCUAGACCAGAAGGAUGCGGCCGUCGAGCUUGCCAGAAAGGCUGUCAUUGUGAGCGAGCGGACGCUUGGCAUCGACUCGGCCGAGACGGUGUUGAACUACCUCAACUUGAGUCUCUUCCUCCACCAGCGUGGCGACAGCAAGAUUGCUCUCGUGUACGCCAGACACGCGCUUGACGUGUGGAAGUUGAUUUAUGGACCGGACCACCCAGACACCAUCACGACGAUCAACAACUACGCGGUGAUGCUGCAGAGCAUCAGGGCCUACACUGAGUCUCGCCGGUGGUUUGAGGAGUCUCUCCGGGUCUGCGAUCAGGUCUUUGGCAGAAACUCGAUCAACUCUGCCACUCUUCUUUUCCAACUCGCCCAGGCUCUUGCCCUCGACCAGGACGCGAAGGCUGCUGUUGACCGCAUGAAGGAAAGCUACAGCAUCUUCAAGGCCCUCUUGGGUGCGGACGACAAGAACACCAAGGAGGCCGAGCACUGGCUUACGCAGUUGACACACAAUGCUGUGUCCAUUGCCAGGCAGACAAAGGAACUUGCGGCCAAGAGAGCGCGUGCCGGCUACAAGUUCACCUCGAGCGGCGUCGGCGUGGGUUCGGUCACUGGUGCGCCCGCGCAGCUUCCUGGCGCCAGGGGAGCUGCUCCUAGUACCAAGGAUAGUCGUAACAUUGAUGAGCUUAUGAAGUACAUUGAGGGCGGUGACAAGAAGACCAAGGGCGGGAGCGGUGGUGGCAAGAAGCGCCCUGGUAAGGCCAACCCCAAGAGACGGGGUGGCGCUUCCGGCACUGCUUGA